GCGCGGCGCGCGCAGAGCAGAGCAGGAGGAGCGGGCCGGCAGGGGCGGAGCGGAGCCGUUCGCAGAGCAGCCCCUCCCGGCCUCGGCCGACCCCGGCCCGCUGCCCGGCCCGGCUCUAUGGACAGGAGCUCGCUGCUGCAGCUCAUCCAGGAGCAGCAGCUGGACCCUGAGAACACAGGCUUCAUCGGUGCGGACACCUUCGCUGGGCUGGUGCACAGCCAUGAGCUGCCCCUGGACCCGGCCAAGUUGGACAUGCUGGUGGCCCUGGCCCAGAGCAACGAGCGGGGUCAGGUCUGCUACCAGGAGCUGGUGGACCUGGUCAGUGCCACGAUCAGCAGCAAGCGCUCCAGCAGCUUCAAGCGGGCCAUUGCUAAUGGACAGCGGUCGCUGCCCCGGGAAGGGCUGCUGGAUGAGCCUGGCCUGGGUGUCUACAAGCGGUUUGUGCGCUACGUAGCCUAUGAGAUACUGCCCUGUGAAGUAGACCGCCGCUGGUAUUUCUAUCGGCACCGCAGCUGCCCACCCCCUGUGUUUAUGGCCUCAGUCACCCUCACCCAGAUCAUCGUGUUCCUGUGCUAUGGGGCACGCCUCAACAAGUGGGUGCUGCAGACCUACCACCCUGAGUACAUGAAGAGCCCCCUGGUGUACCACCCUGGGCACCGUGCUCGUGCCUGGCGCUUCCUCACUUACAUGUUCAUGCACGUCGGGUUGGAGCAGCUGGGGUUCAAUGCCCUCCUGCAGCUGAUGAUCGGAGUGCCCCUGGAGAUGGUGCAUGGUCUCCUCCGCAUCAGCCUGCUCUACCUGGCGGGUGUGCUGGCAGGUUCCCUGACUGUCUCCAUCACGGACAUGCGGGCCCCUGUGGUGGGGGGCUCUGGAGGGGUCUAUGCCCUGUGCUCAGCACACCUGGCCAACGUUGUCAUGGUAACGGGGCCACCUGGAGGCUGGGUGUGGGAAGGGGCCCACCUGGCCUGCCUCACAGCCUCUCUGUCUGCAUGCCAUCAGAACUGGGCUGGGAUGAGGUGUCCCUACAAGCUGCUGAGGAUGGUGCUGGCCCUGGUGUGCAUGAGCUCCGAGGUGGGCCGGGCCGUGUGGCUGCGCUUCUCCCCACCACUGCCCUCCUCAGGCCCACAGCCCAGCUUCAUGGCACACCUGGCUGGCGCAGUGGUGGGGGUGAGCAUGGGCCUCACCAUCCUGCGCAGUUACGAGGAGCGCCUACAGGACCAGUGCGGCUGGUGGGUGGUCCUGCUCGCCUAUGGCACUUUCCUGCUCUUCGCCAUCUUCUGGAACAUCUUUGCCUAUGACCUGCUGGGUGCCCACAUCCCCCCACCGCCCUGACCCACUCCCAGGGCUACUUGGGCUAGGCCCAGCAUGCGGUGGGCUGACCAUUAGGCAGGUGUGCAUGUUGCCCCUGGUGAACAGACAUCUCAAGGCUGCUGCUCCCUGUGGGGCAGGUGGGCCCUGCAGUACACUGAGCUGAGGCCAAGCCUAAUGCCAGCCCCGGCUGCCCCUCCCAGUCUUGGGGAGAAGGCUGCUGGGCCAGAGUUGGGGAGAGGUCCCUGAAGACAGCCCUGGAGAAGACACCACCUCACCCACCCCACCCCACCCCACCCCCAGGACUUGCAGUCUGAGCCUUUUUGGGAGAAUGAAUAAAUAUUUUACACAGUG